AAUUAUACAAAAUAGCUAUCUUAACAAUCUAUCAGAUAAAGAUUAAAUAAUUUACUUUUCAGUCUCUUAAAUAUUUAUUUUUGUUUGUUUAUGAAUAACUAUCACUUGAAGAAUAGAACUUAUCAAUUUAUUCUAUUAUAAAAUAAAGCUUACCAUGACAAUAAUAAAACUAAUACGAAGCCUCUUGUGAGAAGCAGACCGUAGUCAGCAAACUAAGUUAGAAAAUCAAACUCAUCAUUAAGCAAAAUUUUAAGAAGUAGCAAAAACUAUGAUCUAUCAUUAACAUAAAAUAAUAGCAGAAAUACACCACUUAGUUCUUCUAACUAAAAUUUUGUAAGCAAUUCUAAUUAAUAUACUGAAGGGGGAGAAUCUGAUAAAAAUGUUUUAAACUAAAAUCAGCUCUAUUAAAAUAUAUAAAUUCAAAGACCAUCUUCAGCUUCAACAGACUAUUUUUACAGAAAAUAUAGAUCUUUAUCUAGUUACAAUAGCACUAUAAAUAAAGAAAAUAAUAGAAUAAGUGCAAAUACUACAUUGCAAGUUUAGCCAAUUUCAUUUUCUAGCACUCCUUUGAAUAAUACUUAAAUGAAAAUGACUCCCAACAGCUUAUUAAGCAACACAAAUAAUGGCUUUUUCUCUAGUAAAUCUAAAUCUUCUUAAAAACCUUCAAACAAAUCUUUGAAUAGUGUUAGGCGCAAGUUAGAGUAAAAGAGAAUUGAAGAAUCGAAUUUAAUACUGCUUAAAAGUCUCAGCUAAAUAAAACCUUAAAUAAAAUCUAAGAGAGUUCUCGAUAAAGAAUUUGAAUAAACUUAAAAAUACAAAUCCAAUUUAAGAAAUUUUACAAAUUACGGAUAAUAAAAGCCCAAAAUCGUUAUAAUGAAUAAAGAAUAUCUCUCUCCUAUAUUGCAUAACUACAUUGAUAAAAAGAAUAUAGAUAAUUCUUAAUAAUCUCCCAAAGUCCCAUAACCACCUAAAAGACUAUUUAGAAGAGCAUAAAAUCACUACAAUAAUGGUUUUGUUUGUGAUGAGAUAGACGACACAGUAAACAUUAAAAACUACCUUACUUCUAACACAUAAAUGCAACAAAUUCCUGCUUAUUAUUAGGAGUAUGGAUAUUAAGAUAACACUAUAAACUAGAAUUAAAAACUGUAAGAAGAACUAGAAUAUAGAAGAGCAGUAUAUGAUAGUCAUUACUCAUAACAAUAAUAAUAUGGAUAGCAACAUUCCAAUAAUAUUAGUUAGAAUGAAUAAGAUUUUUAUAUUUAGCAGCUCUAUUUACAACAAGAAUAAAAUUAAAAUUAUGAUAACAAUAAUGUUUAUAAUCCUGAUUCACAAUAAUCACCUUAAUUCAACUAAUAGCUAUAAGAUGAUUAUCAAGAGAACUCAGAUCAAAUACCAAACUAAGACGAUUCAGAGUAUAAUUAAUAAGAAGAAGAUAAUUAUGAUGAAUACACUUACUAAAGAUAAUAGUAGUAAAAUGAAUAUGAAAGUGAAGAUAAAUAUUAUAAUUAUGAUGAUGAAAAUGCUUAAAAUGUGCAAAAUAAUUAAAAUGUUAUGAUGGUCAGAGAUUUAGUGAAUAAUGCAGAUUCAGACAAGCUAUAUUCCGAUUCGAAUAUAAAUCAAGCAAGCAAAGAUGAUAAUAAUUAGAAUUAUGGUCAAUAUAAAUAAAGUUAUGAUGAUGAUGACGAAGAUGGUAAUGAUAACGAUUAUGAUUAAGAUUAAGAUUAAUAUAAAAAUAAUGAUAAUAAUAAAAAGUAUUAUUAAAAUUAAAGAGCUGCAUAAAUUAAUAAAAAUAAUUUUUAAGAUGAUGACAAUUACAAAGAAGAUAAUGAUGAAAAUUAAAUGUAUUAUGAUGCUUAAGAAGAAUUAGAUGAAGAGUUUGAACAACAUGAAAAUUCAAAUAACAAUAAUAAAAAAUUUAGUUAGGGUUUUAAAGAAAAUUAAAAAAACUUAUAGAAACCAAACUAGAUCAGCGCUUAAAAUGAUGAUACUUAAUACGAUGAAGAAUUUGAGGAAGUUUACGAAGAAGAGGAUGUAGAUUUAGAUGAAAUGCAGAACUAAUACUAAAACAACAAUAAUAAUAUUAAUUAAUAAGCUAAAAUUAAAUCUAAUUAAAUGAAUUUGCAAUUAGAUAGGUAGCAUAACUAUGCCAACAAUGGUAACUACUAAGAAGAAGAAAUAAUAGAGGAAGUUGAUGACGAAGAGUCAUAUACUAAAUCUAAUAAAGUAUUUAGUAUUAGAAAUAGUAAAGGUUAUAUCAAAAACUCAAAUAGUUAAACAUCUUAAAAUGAGUUUUCUGAACAGUAGUUAUACAAAUCGAAUUAAUAAUCCAUGUUUAACACUCCAUCUUUUAUAUAGGACUGA